CAGGGGGAAGACAUUUUUGCCUCAGUCAAACCAAAUACAGUAGGCCCAACAACAAGGACUAAUUCCUAUUUAUCCAGGGCCCUCAGAGGCACUAGCUGACUUUGGGUGAACCAGAGAGCUCUUCAUUGGUACAGCAGUGUGUGUGGACAGUAGACAGUGUUGGACCAUGGCGCUUGUGGACCCGACUGCAUCCCAUCUGGACCCGGGCAUGGAUGGUGAGAGCGGGGUCCUCGCAAGUGUCUUUGGGGUUCUCCCCAACGCCAACUGCCCCAAACACGGGCAAAACACCCCGGCGGACACCAAACGAUGCCUCCGCAAGGUCAUGGGGCACCACAGGGACUACGUCAAGAUCUCGCUGCCCGACACCAAGGGCAACCGGCUGCCCAUGGAGUGGUGGAAGACGGCCAUCGCGUUCUUCUACGCCAUCUUCAACCUGGUCCUGACCACCGUGGUCAUCACAGUCGUCCACGAGAGGGUCCCGGAGAAGGAGAGCAGCCCGCCACUGCCCGAUAAGUUCUUUGACUACAUCGACCGGGUCAAGUGGGCGUUCACGGUCACCGAGAUCAACGGCAUGCUCCUGGUGGGGAUCUGGGUUAUUCAGUGGCUUUUCCUCAGAUACAAGUAAGAGAACGGUUAUCUUGGGAUAUCUGUGUCAAAGACUAUCCCCAUGUAUGUGAAAUUCUAACCAGACUAUACAACAUUCAGCUUAAACAGUAUAAGACAGUGUUUGUAGGCUACAUUAAGUGCUACAGUAUGCUGAACAUUACAGUUUCAUUAUUUCUAUGUCAUAGGAGGUUGGUGGCACCUUAAUUGGGGAGGAUGGGCUCGUGGUAAUGGCUGGUGCGGAGUACGUGGAAUGGUAUCAAAUACAUCAAACACAUGGUUGGAUGCCAUUCCAUUUGCUCCGUUCCAGCCAUUAUUAUGAGCCAUCCUCCCCUCAGCAGCCUCCACUGGUCUAUGUCCAAGAGAAAUGUUCCGCAAGCCCUUUUUAACAGUGGCCUGUUUGAUGACAUCAUUUAUUUACACUUUGUGUGUUUGUUUCCAGGUCGAUUGCAGGUCGGAGGUUCUUCUUCCUGAUUGGCACCCUCUAUCUGUACCGCUGUGUCACCAUGUACAUCACAACCCUUCCUGUACCAGGCAAUCACUUCACCUGCGCCCCCAAGGUAGGUAGAGGGGUGUGUGUGUGUGUGUGUGUGUGUCAGCUGUGGCAUGUGAACCAAGUCCUGCCGUGAUCUCAUCCUGGCUCCCUCCAGAACUCAUAUCGAGCUGCCUGCCACGCUCAAUAGCUGCUCAUAAAAAAACAAUUUUGACUCAGGAUAAGAUUCGAACCCUGGGGACACAAACGUUAUUGCAUCCUGUCUUGAGUUCGAUGGGAAAUAUAUGCCCCGGGGAUUAGAGGUUUUCUGGGUAUUGUGGUACAGUGAUCCAACGGGAGAAAGGCGACGACAGGAGUUUAAUUGGAAUUUCAUUGGAUAGGUACAAUUCUAUCCAUUAACACAGGCUCAUAGUAAUCCAGAGCGAUUUACAGUAGUGAGUGCAUCAAUUUUUAUAUUUUGUUUGUACUGGUCCUCCGUGGGAAUCGAACCCACAACCUUGGCGUUGCAAGUGCCAUGCUCUACCAAAUUAGCCACAAGGGACCAUUGUUUGUGUUACAGAGAUGUUUUGUAUAAUGUUCUUCAUUUCACUCCUGUAACUGAAGCUGCUUAAAUUGUCUGUCAAGCUAAUCUCUCUCUCCUUCUACCUCUUUCUCUCUCUUUCCAUCCAUCUCUCUCUCAGCUGUAUGGAGACUCUCACGCUAAGAUGCAGCGUGUGCUGACGUUGAUCUCCGGCGGCGGUCUGUCCAUCACCGGCUCCCACCUCAUGUGUGGCGACUUCCUCUACAGUGGACACACCGUCAUGCUCACCCUCACCUACCUGUUCAUUAAGGAGUGUGAGUAUUGGAUAGAAAAUCACACACAAACACACACACACACAGUGACUCCACCACCAUUUACACACUCAGUCUCAUCAAGGGUUCCCACUGGUACUGUCACUCCUCUGCAGCCUAUUGGGGAGAUUAGAUCUGAAUGUUGUUAAUUAUUGAUUACUAUGACUACACACGUAUAUAAUAUUCUCAUCUAGAUUAGAUUAAAUUAGAUUAUAUGUUAGGUCAAACUAGGUCCCAUAGCUACGGCAUCAUGAUCUCUGAAAACGUUCUGGAUUAGUUAGUACCGGGCAGAUCCACAUUUUGUUGAUGGAGGGACAUUUUCUAGGUGUGGCCUGAUCCUCUAUUAUAGGGUUUCCCAAACUCGGUCCUGGUGCACAUUUUGCCCCAGAACUACACAGCUCAUUCAAAUAACCAACUCAUCAUCAAGCUUUGAUAAUUUGAAUCGACUGUGUAGUGCUAGGGCAAAUACCAAAACGUGCACCCAGGGCAGGGGGGCCCCAGGACCGAGUAUGGAAAACCCUGCUCUAGUACACGUGCCAAACUCAUUCCACGGGGGUGUCUGUGGGUUUUCACUCCUCCCUUGUACUUGAUUGAUGAAUUAAGGUCACUAAUUAGUAAAUAACUUCCCUCACCUGGUUGUCUAGGUCUUAAUUGACAGGAAAAACCAAAUCCAGCGGACUCUAGGCCCUCCAUGGAAUGAGUUUGACACCCCUGGACUAUUACCUUCCCUCCCAUGUGGGGCUUGUUCAAAAAGGAUGCAACAUCUGACCUCCCUGACGACAUACACAACCCCCUGUUUCUGUCCCCCCUCUCCUCCAGACUCAUAUGUUUACACAGCCAUCCACUUAACAUUGACCAGGUUAAUGAAAUGAAAGAACGUCUAGGGCAGGGCUGCCCAACCCUCUUCCUGGAGAUCUACCGUCCUGUGGGUUUUCAGUCCAACCCUCUUCCUGGAGAUCUACCGUCCUGUGGGUUUUCAGUCCAACCCUCAUUUAACACACCUGAUUCUACUUAUUAGCUGCUCAACAAGACCUUAACUAGCUGAAUCAGAUAUGCUAAAUUAGGGUUGGACUGAAAACCUACAGGACAGUAGAGUUCCAGGAAGAGGGUUGGUCUGAAAACCUACAGGACAGUAGAGCUCCAGGAAGCGGGUUGGGCAGCCUUGGUCUAGUGUGUGUUCUGUCUCUCCUCUCGCCCAGACUCCCCGCGGACGUUCUGGUGGUACCACCUGAUGUGCUGGCUGCUAGCUGCUGUGGGGGUGGUGUGUAUCCUGGUGGCCCACGAACACUACAGUGUGGAUGUGGUGGUGGCCUACUUCAUCACCUCACGCCUCUUCUGGUGGUACCACACCAUGGCCAACGUCCAGGUGAGAUGUUGAUACUAGAAUCUAGAAUGAUGCUGAUACUGAUACUAGAUAUGGUAAUGGGGUGGCAGGUAGCCUAGAGGUUAAGAGGGUUGGGCCAGUAACCGAAAGGUCACUGGUUCGAAUACCCAAGGUGAAAAACGGUCUGUGUCCUGAAACAAAGCAUUUAACCCUGAUUUGCUCCAGUGGCGCCGUACUACUUUGGCUAAUGCUGUAAAACAACACAUUUCACUGUAUUUCUGGUGUAAGUGACAAUGUAACAUCUUUAAAAAAUUACAUAUUCUCUUCUGGUCGUCCAGGUGAGAUAUUGAUCAGUGGAGACUGCUGCGGGGAGGACGGCUCAUAAUAAUGGCUGGAACAGAGCGAAUGGAAUGGCAUCAAACCAUAUGUAUGAUACCAUUCCACCGCUCCAGCCAUUAACACGAGCCCGUCCUCCCCAAUUAAGGUGCCACCAACCUCCUGUGAUAUUGAUACUGUAGAUCAGUGGUAUUCAACUCUUACCCUAUGAGGAUUGGCGCCUGCUGGAUUUCUGGUCUGCCUGAUAACUAAUUGCACCCACCUGGUGUCCCAGGUCUAAAUCUGUCCCUGAUUAUAGGGGAACAAAAUAAAAAGCACUGGCUUCGAGGUCCAGAGUUGAGGGCUGUAGAUAGAGUUACACUGGUACCAUGCCAAUGUCCAGAUGAAAUAUUGAUACUGUAGACCAGGGGUGUCAAACUCAUUCCAUGGAGGGCCUAGUGUCUGCUGGUUUUACCUUUCAAUUAAGACCAGGACAACCAGGUGAGGGGAGUUCCUUACUAAUCAGUGAACUUAAUUCAUCAAUCAAGGACAAGGGAGUAGCGAUUGUUGUAAGUAUGUUGAAGAGAGGGAAAGAUUGAAGUGUAGGGUCAUUGAGGUUGGGGGUUGGUUGGGGGGGGGGGGUUUAUUAGAAGUUAGUAGAGUUCUUCUUUAUUUUCUCAGAAGUACUGAGUUAGGUAGGAGGAUUUAGAAAUGUUGUAAACCGUGAUUGACCACACACUCCAGCACAGUAGGUGGCGGCAUGCACCUUUAACGUUUGUUUGCGGACACUCGGUCCUCUGUGGAAUGAGUUUGACACGUGUGCUGUAGACACUAGAAUGAUAGAAGACAGAGUAAUAGUUUAUCUUCUGGUGGUGCCACACCAUGGCCAACGUCCAGGUGACAUUAUACUAUCAUGUAGUAGAAGCAGAUAGAUAAUACAGCAGAUGGAUAGAGAUCAUAAAGUCGACACUAGAUGAUACUGCAAAUGGACUGAUACUGUCCAGCAGAAACUGCUUACCAGGCUUCAGAACCUUCAAACUCAACUCUGGACCUCGAAGCCAGAUCCACUGCAUUUUUUUCAUUCUUCCCCUAUAAUCAGGGACUGAUUUAGACCUGGGGUGCAAUUAAUUAUCAGGUAGAACAGAAAAGGGUAAGAGUUGAAUGAACCUUCUUUAUAAGGUGAAUUGAAUUACACCCAAGUGUUUAUUUGAUUUUUUUUUUAGGUGUCCCUUUUGAGAAGCAGCUUGUUCAAUAUCUACUGCUGACUUCUGUGGAUGUGUUGACAAUACAGCAGCUUAAAGGCCCAGUGCAGUCGUCAACUUGAUUUUCCUGUAUUUCCUUAAAUAUUUCCACACGGAUGUUGGAAUAAUACUGUGAAAAUGAUGAUAAUGCCCUUUUAGUGUAAGAGCUGUUUGAAAAGACUGGCUGAAAUGUCAAACUGAUUUAGUGGGAUGUAGUUUUGGCCUGCCUGUUGACAUCACCAGGUGGUAAAUUAGUUAAUAGACCAAAAAGAAAGAGUUCCAAACCUCUCUGCCAAUAACAGCUAGUUUUCAGUUUUCCCCUCCCCACUCAGACCACUCCCAGACAGUCCUAACACAAUUCUUGCUUGAGAAAUUGCUCUUUGCUAAGAAGCUAUUUGUUUCUUUGUGACCAUUGUAUGUCAAAACACAGUAAGGUACUGAAUUGUUACCUUUUAUAUUGAGAUAAAAAUGGCUGCAUUGGACGUUUUAAGAAUGCUUAUCACCAUGCCAGUUAGAGCCUUUCAAAAGUGUUUUUUACAGAAAAGACUACAAAUACCACACAACAAAUGAGGGCUAUCUGUCAAUUACCUUUUUAGAGUGUUUUUGAAAAGUCAAUCAGAAGUGGUAUUAUCUCAAGACGUCAAAAGUACAGCAUUGUCUAUAGUGUUAUGUGUAUGCCUUGGUGUUGUAAACCAACCUCAUGCGGUAGGUAGGUAUUUUAACCCCGUACAUUACUGUGUUUAGAGUAUAGAAUGUUGGUCAUCUAGUGACCUCAGGGGUGUACUGGAACACUUCCGUGCAUUAGGGGUUGAGCUCAGACGAGCUCUCUCUCUGUGUGUUAGAACCAGACCGUGUGUGCGCGUGCAAUGCCAGAAGCACUCACACACUCCUCUGAACCACCUACCACAGUGUUUACACAACUCAGAGUACACCCUCAUCCUCGUCCAUUAAGCCUGGCUAGGAUCAUGAUCGAUGGCUCUACCCACCCUGUGAGAUUCACCUCAAGAAAAGACCGCUAGCUACUUGUUAACAUAAUGAUUAACCUAAUGUUAACGGAAUGACCUUCAUGUUUCAGGGAAAUGUUUAUGUAAACCUCCCAUAGUUCUGUGAAUUACAAGUGUGAACGUUUUGUUUGAAAGCAGUGUCAACAAUGUUGUGUCGGCAUGGUGUUACUCUCGCUGCUGGUCAAAACUAAGACUGUUGGCAUGGUGUUCCUCCCUCUGCUGGUCAAAACUAAGACUGUUGGCAUGGUGUUCCUCCCUCUGCUGGUCAAAACUAAGACUGUUGGCAUGGUGUUCCUCCCUCUGCUGGUCAAAACUAAGACUGUUGGCAUGGUGUUCCUCCCUCUGCUGGUCAAAACUAAGACUGUUGGCAUGGUGUUCCUCCCUGCUGGUCAAAAACUUUCAUAAUAGGGCCUGACAUUUACUGUUACAGCUCCUUCCCUUAUAGUUGUCAGUUACAUGAUCAUCAACAUUUUCAUUGGUUAUUGAAUUGCACAAAUUAGACACCACAAAAUUACAUGUUCUACAUAUCUAUAUUAGUACUAUUGCUAGGCAACGUUUAUGCCAAAGUUUACAAUAGUUUUGGGCUUUAGCCUGAGGAGAAAUAAAGAGGCCUAUUUAUUCUUCAGUAAGGCUCUUCCUACACUUGACUUUGUUUAUUGUGCUAAUGCUCACAUUUUAAAGUAGUUUUUUUGUUGACAGGCCCUGCGGUGCUCGCCCAACAACUACCUCACCAACACCUGGUGGAACCCAGUGUUCAACUUCUUUGAGAGGAACGUGCAGACCCAGGUGCCCUGCUCCUUCUGCUCACCAAUCACCUGGCCCCCUGCCUGCCUUAAGAACUCC